AUUCUGUAUUAGUCAUUCAGAUCUAAGUGUGAAUAUUAUAUUUGUCCAAGUCUGGGGCGCACAUACUGCAACACAGAGUGAAGCACACGGUGAAGGAUGAAGCUUUUGGAGCAGAAGCUGUUGGCCACAAUCCUCCUUUCAAUGGUGGUUAUGACUGAACAGCGGGAAGCUAAAAACAUCCACCUGCUUUCUCCAGAGGAGCAUAAAUUCAUCUUAAACCUGGGACAUAGUGAGCUCCCCAGAGACUGCUAUGAGCUAUGGGAAAGUUCAGGAGGCCAGGCUAGAGAUGGCAUCUACUUAAUAAAGCCUGGAGACUCACCCAUCGCCACCUAUUGUGCCAUGCAAGAAGGUGGCUGGACUGUCAUCCAACACAUCACAGUCAACAGCAGUGUAGACUUUGACCGCACCUGGAAGGAAUACAAGCUAGGUUUCGGAACUCUUACCGGCAACCACUGGCUGGGCAAUGAAUACAUCCACCAGCUCACUCAAGGACCAGGCCGAUACAAGCUCAGAAUCAAGCUGGUGGACAAGGAUGCUCUGACCAAAACUGGUGAAUAUGACCCAGUGUUGAUUGAAGGAGAAGAGGCACAGUACAGGCUUCGAUUGGGGUUGUAUCAUGGCACAGCCGUAGAUGCUCUUACUCUGGAUCCGGAGAACUACCUGCAUGACAACCAGAGGUUCACCACCAAGGAUCGUGAUAAUGAUAACUACUACCAGAAUUGUGCCAAGCUGGAGUUCCAGGGCGUCGCAGGAGGGGGAUGGUGGUACGAUGCAUGUGCUGGCGCCAACCUGAACCGCCGCAACGUCAUCUACUGGCAGAAGGACUGCAACAAGGAGCACCUGUGUAAAUAUGCUUGGAUGAUGGUAAAGCCUUCAGAUACGGUCAAAGUGCUACGGGCAGAGUGCCAACGAGAUGAACUUUGAUCUUAUUAAAUGGUAAUACAUGAGAUUGUAGAACAGCUACAGUUCUGGAAAAUCAAAUUUGCUCUUAAACAUUAAUGAAUCAGAUAGUGGAGAUAUCAAGUAUGUGAGAUUCUGUUAUAAAGAUUAAUUAAAUUAUUGUAUUAAGAGUUACACUCCUUUGCAAAUUAGAGAUGCAAACAUGUCACAUACUGUCAUAGAUUCCAAUAACAAACAAAAAGCACAAAAGGUACAUAAAAAUGUACAGUUUAUUUUGAUUUGGGUCUCUGUGGAUCUGGCACCACCCAGAAAGACUAAGCAGAGGUGUAAAUACAUUCAGGAAAGAGUGCUAAUCUAUAGCAGGGCAACACAAUCUCACACAUUCAUUUACUCAUACAUUUAGAGUGGCAUUUUAAAAUUACCUUUGCCAAGGGCACUGACACAGCCCCAUACCAUGACAGACCCUGGCUUUUGGACUUGUUGCUGAUAACGGUCUGGAUGGUCCUGUUUGUCUUUGGUCCGGAGCGCAUGGCUUCCCAAAAAAUACCUGGAAUGCUGAUUCAUCUGACCACAAUACACGUUUCCACUGUGUGAUGGUCCAUCCUAGAUGCCUCCGAGCCCAGAGAAGUUGACGCCGCUUCUGGACAUGGUUAACAUGAGGCUUCUUUUUUGCGCAGUAAAGUUUUAAGUGGCAUUUGUGCAUGUAACUCUGUAUUGUAGAGCUUGACAAAGGUUUGCCAAAGUAAUCCCUCACCCAUGUGGUUAUAUCAGCUAUUGUUGAGUGACGGUUCUUGAUGCAGUGCCGUCUGAGAGAUCGAAGAUCACGGGCGUUCAGCUUAAGCUUGCGCUUUUGGCCUUUACACACUGAAAUUCCUCCCGAUUCCUUGAAUCGUUUCAUGAUAUUAUACACUGUAGAGGGAGAAAUAUGCAAAUCCCUUCCAAUCUUUCUUUAAGAUAUACUGACAUGUAUACUGUCACAGAUUUCAAUAACAAACAAAAAGCACAAAAGGUACAUAAAAAUGUACAGUUUAUUUUGAUUUGGGUCUCUGUGGAUCUGGUACCACUCAGAAAGACUGUAGGUGUAAAUACAUUCAGGAAAGAGUGCUAAUCUAUAGCAGGGCAACACAAUCUCACACAUUCAUUUACUCAUAUAUUUAAAGUGGCUAAUUACCUUUCACAGAGACAAGAAUCAAACCAAGAUCCUGAGGUCCUACAUUGCUGCGUGGUACCCACAGUUGUCAGCUGCACCACUGUGCCACCCAUUUGUUAAUUUAUUAAAUUGUUGGUUUGUCCGUCAUUAAACAAUAUGUCAUGAAA